GCCUAUAGAGAGUCUACACGCGAUACAGAAAAAGCCCUAGUUUUCCUAAGUUCUCUGACAAAUAUAUAUGAUGAUCCGAGCGCUGUUUUUAGAAGUUCUAGUGGUCUUAUGGACAAAAGUUGAUGCGAAGGGAGCGGUCUACUUGACAACUGAAAAUGGAACAUUUCCCAUAUCACUGACAUCCUUAGACCCCGACAGCUCGACGGAAGAUUUUCCAAAGAUUUUCUCAGCAACAGUUGAAAAUCGUGAAAACGAAAGUGCACUUUGGCAUGAAGCACAAGAGGAUAUGUUACUCACUUACUUUAAUACCACGUUCAAUGAACUGAACAAAACCGAAUACGACGCAAAGGUGAACCAGAAACGUAGCAUCAAUGAUGCGGUAUCGAAAAAUAUUACAGUGGUUUUAGAAAACUUAUUGAAGAAUUAUGAGAAGUCACAGCUCCCGACACACGGGAAAGGUUACCCUACAGUGGUCCAAACUAAUAUUCUCAUACGCAGUAUGGGUCCGGUGUCUGAACUAGACAUGGAUUAUUCAAUGGACUGUUAUUUCCGUCAAUACUGGCGAGACACGCGCCUGUCGUUCCUCGGCCCAAUACGAUCAUUGUCACUAUCUAUCAAAAUGCUGGAGAGGAUCUGGCGACCCGACACGUACUUCUAUAAUGGAAAGCAUUCUUACGUUCACACAAUAACUGUACCCAAUAAGUUGCUACGAAUUAGCCAACACGGCGACAUAUUAUAUUCUAUGAGAUUGACUAUUAAGGCCAAGUGUCCAAUGGAACUUCGAAAUUUCCCAAUGGAUCGUCAGUCGUGUCCGCUUAUCCUUGGAAGCUACGCAUACUCGAACCAGCAGUUGGUCUACCAAUGGCAGAAUUCCGAAAGCGUAAACUUUGUCCCAGGCAUGACUUUGUCUCAGUUUGAUCUCAUCAGCUUUCCAUACAGGAACUUUACUUUUACAAGACGAGAAGGUGAUUUCUCGGUGCUACAAGUGUCAUUUAAUCUUCAGCGACACACGGGAUAUUUUCUAAUUCAAGUGUACGUGCCCUGCAUACUGAUUGUUGUUCUGUCUUGGGUGUCGUUUUGGAUACAUCGAGAGGCUACGUCGGACCGUGUGGGCUUAGGCAUCACGACGGUGUUGACACUGUCCACAAUAAGCCUAGACUCGAGGACCGAUCUUCCAAAAGUCCGUUACGCAACUGCCCUCGAUUGGUUCUUAUUGAUGAGCUUCUUCUAUUGUAUCGCAACCUUGCUCGAGUUUGCGGGAGUACAUUAUUUCACUAAGGUAGGAUCAGGUGAAAUAGUAAUCGAUGAUUCUGAGUGGGAAGAAUUAAUUGAGGAAGUCGGAGGUGACGCGUAUGCAGCUCGACAGCUCGCUGCUAGAAGAAGAAGUUCGGCUAGAUCUGCAAAUAAUUAUAGUCCCUCAUUACCAGCCCAAAGUAAUAGUUCUGCGGAUAGCGAUCUUCCUCAGGUUCAAGAAGAACAUCCAUGCGUCCGUCUCACCAUGGAACGGACUACUCAGACUGAGAACAGGGUUCCGCGAUGGCGUCAGCUGUUGUACUGCCUCGCGGGUGAUGACCAGUAUAGACGUCAAAGGCAGCGAGAAGCCGGGAACCGCGGUCACAUAAACAGUGUAUCUCACAUUGACAAAGCCGCUCGCGUGUUGUUCCCGGCAUCAUUUGCUUUACUUAAUUUAUUCUAUUGGAUGAUAUAUGCCUUCACCGACGAUGACUUCGCUUGGAGCGAUAACCCUAUUAAUAGAGUGUAAAACCACUGGUUCAUCACUCAUUCCCGAAGGAGGCCGACAAUUGGUAAAAAUAAGGUUCAAAUCAAAAAAAAAAAUCGAAAUGUGUGAUUGUUUUGUGUGACGCUUAAGUUGUGUAACGUUUUUAACAAUUGAACAAAAAGUAAAAAAAAUAUAUAGGAAAUGCAUUUCAUACUCAGCUGUCGUACUUUAUAUCGAUAUUUGCAAACAAAUUGCGUAAUUGAAAUUUGUUUGUUUUUAGCUGCACUUUAAAUUAGUUACGUUCGAAAAUGUAUAAGGGCUUAUUAUAAAACGUGGGUUGAAGAUAGUAUCGUGUUUGUAACCAUAGUAACGAUAUUAUUUUCGUGUAAAAACAUAUGUCAACAUGUCCACGUUUUAUAUUAAUUCCCAACAAACCUCAAUGUUAAGUGGGCAAAUAAAUAAAUUUGACUUUUCACACAUAAUUUUAUUCGCUGUAGAGUUUGAAAAAAUACAAAGGAUUUAAGAAAGUAAACGUAUAAUACAUAGUUUUAAGACAGUACAGUACGUUGAGCUUUCUCGAUGUACAUAGGUUACUUUACUUGUAAAUAGCACGAAUAACAUAUUUUGACCGUAGAACAAGCUACUUUAAAUAGUAUUAAAAAUCGCAAUCGUUUUGACAGAAAUAACGAUCAAAAUGUGUCAUCUGAAGACUAAGAGAGCUAAGGCUUUUUAGAUUUGGUCCGUCAAUCGAAGUCUGCUUCGAGAAUUUCUCAUUUAUAUAGUGAAUAGACACUUUCAAGGCAUUCGAAAUACAAGUGGAAUGUAAGGCUUUUAUCAUAAGUUUGAAGAUCAACAUAGAGAAGGCAUAGUGGAAUAUCAAAAAUUUCAUUUUGGAAAUGUAUCAAUAGACAAGACGAUUUUAUUUAUUAAUCGCAUCAGGAUCAUACCGGGUGUUCAAAAAAUACUUUUGAAACAUGCACUUUCAAUAAUUACAUCACUAUUUGUCUUUUUACAAAACGGGUUUGAGACACCCGGCAAAUCCAUAAUUGUCACUUAGACCAAUACUUGAACUGGGAAUUAGGUAAUUUUAAAUGGUUAGAAAGUAUAAAAGUACAAACAUAUAUAAAAUACAGACAUUUGGGAGAACAGUGUGGCAAGAAAUGUUAGAUUUUAUCUUACAAAAUAAACGAAGGAUAUACACAACGGAAUCCAAAGAACAAAUGUUGAAUAUAUAAUAUAAUACAUAUGCAUGGUUAGUGCAAUAACUCUUGAAAUCAAUGAGUCACUAACUCUUGUCUCUCGAAUAUUAUCCUACCUCGACUGAGUUUGUCGAGCGCCCUCUGGUGCUUUCGCGAAACAAUAACAUUUCAUUUUUCAUAAUUUCAUAAAAUAAUUUGAUAAAACAUAUUUUGUAAAAAGACAAAUUAUCUUAAUAUACUAAUUCUAUAAAUCUAAGCAUUCUGCUUCAUAAAACGUGAACUAAAAAUACCGUGUUGAUUUUAUUUACAUUUUGUAA